AUGAUCACUGGCGUUGCAUCUCAUUCUGCUAUCGCAACUAUCCCAAAAAGAGCUACAACCCUACUAGAAAGCAAAACGUCGUUAAUGAAUAAGCUUACAUGGGACGAUUCUGCUGGGCUAAUUUCCGACAAAUAUCACAACGUACGAAUAGCAGAAUUCAGUCCUGCUGAAGCUCCAGCAUCCGCCUUAGAAAGUGAAGAAAAAUCAGGGAAAAAGCAUAGUCAAGGGAGUUGUGCUUGUACUCUUAUGUAA